AUGGAAAAUACUAACAAGAGAACCCUGACAUUGUUGUCUUCUUUCCAAAUUGCGAUAUCCGUCUUAUUUUUCGUUCUCGGAUUGGUGGACACUCUUCAAAUCCGCUACAUUUAUGUUGGCCUCGCAGCUUCGCCUUGUUGGAUUAUUCCUCUGGUAAGUCAGUGCCUCUGAUUUCUACCUGUUUCUAAAUUUAUCAAUGACUUAACUCUUUGUAAGAUUAUAUCUCGUCAUGGAUAAAGGUUUUACUGCUGCAGUGAUGGUACAAGUGAAGAGAAAACCUUCUGAACUUUUUGCCUUGGGAUCUUCACGCUUAUUGUGAUCUGUAUGUUUACAAGUAAUUCAUCUGAUUCGUCAGGGGCACCCAACUGCAAUUUUCGGGAAAAUAUCUGUUCGGAAGACGAUUUGAGAUCUAGAAUUUUCGGAUCAUUUGUUGUAAAAUUUCUUGCUUGCCUGCCUCUCCUAGGAUUUUCGAACAUCUACAAAAUGGUAUAAUUACCCAUUUUUAACGGAUUUUUACCCUAAAAAAGGCCACCUAGAAUUUUCGGGAGCCUUUUCCUGGCUAAAAUUUUCGAGAAGGUAAGUUUUUAUCCCUAUAAUUUUCGGAUCAUUAGACUUUCAGCUAGGAAAUCCGAACAGAUGAAAAGUUUUUAGGGGAUAAAAAUAUGCCUAUAUCUACCGUUUGAAUACUAAAAUACGUUCAACAAUGCUAUGUUAAUUAAGUGGUUUUGAACUAUAUCCUCGUUGGGUGCCCCUGAUUCGUUAGGAGUGGUCGUCUCGCUUUCACAGUGAACAGGUCAAACAACAGAAACCAAUUUGCGAAAGCUCAUAAUUGUUAUUUCAAUUAUUCUUCUAUUCAAUUACAAAACAUUUGGAAAGUGCACUUAAAAAGUUCUAUGUUUUCGACUGCUAAUGUCUCGAUGGAUCUGUCAAUAUACUUCCCGUCUUGGCGCUAAGUGUUUUCAGCGAAGGGUAGGCUUGGAUAAAUUCUUCCGGCAGAAUUUCGAGCAGAAUAAGCGAAUUUUGAGGCGAGCAUUCUGCCUGCAGAAUAAGGCAUUUUCGAGCAGAAUAGGAGAAGAAUAAGGGAAAAUCAGCGGCACUAAUGAUAUGAACAUCGAUCAGUUGAAAGAAAAAUUUAAAACAAAAUAAAAUACACAUGGAAAAUAAUGACAAUUUUGCAACACAUAAUGAAUAUCUAAUUAGGUUUUAAGGGUUAGGCCGAGGCUCCCUUCUAUAUUUGCGAAAAUAAAUAUGUGCCGAAAAUUUUUUCCGAUACCGAGCACAAUUCGAGCAGAAUAAGGGUGUCCGAGCAGAAUUUUGAGCAGAAAAAGCGACUUUUACGAGCACUGCUGGCAGGCGGAAUAAGCCAUUUUAAGAGCAGAAUUUUUUCGAAGCCUAGCGAAAGUUAGGAAGCUCGUUAUGUUGGGGAAAAUGCAAGUAUAGUUACAUUAACUAGUUAUUUUAUGCGAACAAAGCCUUUCCCGUAUCCUUUUCCACAAAAUUGUAAACGAACUCGCACCAAAUUAGUCUCCCUCGCAGCCGUUUUUUUUGGAAACGAAAAUACGACUCAUCUCACCAAAUUUUGAUUAUUCCACAGUCUCCCACAUUCCACAGCGAACGGCUCGAACAUCCAUAAUACUAAUAUCAACCAUAUUGCCGCAAAGAAACCUCCGGCGCUUUCCAUUUAACGAAAAUUCUGGUUUUAUAUUUCGGAAAUUCCACAUGCCGUAUGGAACGGUUGUUUCCGGUUGCACAUACCCGACCCAAUCCACCGCGCGUUUGGUUAUUAGGGAGCUUUAGCAACGAGGACGGCGACGGCAAGGAGGACGUCAAAAAAGCAAUAGGAUUAUUGAGCAAAACAACAACUUUGUACGUGCAUCACGCUUUUUUGUAGAUUUCUUUACCGUCCUUGCACGACUACGACGUGAAAAUGCCUAAUUGCAAGUUUUAUGGAGGGCGUAAACAAGCGACGACGAAUGUCUUUUUCUACGACGUGAAAAUGCCUAAUUGCAAGUUUUAUGGAGGGCGUAAACAAGCGACGACGAAUGUCUUUUUCUACGACGUGAAAAUGCCUAAUUGCAAGUUUUAUGGAGGGCGUAAACAAGCGACGACGAAUGUCUUUUUCUACGACGUGAAAAUGCCUAAUUGCAAGUUUUAUGGAGGGCGUAAACAAGCGACGACGAAUGUCUUUUUCUCCCUUUAAACUUGAGUACGGUCCUCAAGAAAUCACCUCCAGGGAAAUUCGGCUACACUUGCCAUUUUCAGCAAAUUGUGAUAAACGCGACAAAGACUGAAAAAACGGGAAUUCAUUUUAAAACUGACGUUUUCGCUGCCGUUGCCGUCGUCGAUGCCAAAACUCCCUGUUGUUUUUGUAAGCUGGAUACAAAAGAGACAAACAAAGACAACAAUUUGGUAAAAUAGAAAGGGAAUUGAGCUUGAAGCUGUUGAAGCCCCUGCUGUCAAUAAAAACGCCUCCAGGAAACGAAAACCAAAUUUUUCAGUACAAGAAAUUGCGCCGAUAACCGCGUUUGAGAAACCGAAUCUAACCCACGGUUAAUUUUUAUCCAUUGGUUAGGGUGUUUAACCAUUGGUUAAAAGUUAACCAUGUUUCGAGCAACCGGGACCUGGUCGCAGUCCUUAAAAAGCCACUUUCUACUGAAAAAUUUGGCUACAUUGACAUGUAAUAAUGUAUAUUGACAAAUUGAGCGAGGCUACAUAAACGCAAUAGACAGGUUGAAAUAAGGCAAGUUCAUUUUAGUAACGUUUUCAUGAUCACUUACUGUUGUCACUGCGACAGAAAUUCGCUAUGGCUCAUGCUAAGUCAGUGAGAGUGUUAAAUACAUGUAAUAAAUUUUCUUUAAUGAUCUUUAUAUCAUGUAUAUACAUGCUCAUUGGUUCUUGUAACUUCAUUGCUCAUUGGUUCUUGUAACCUCUCCUCUGUAUUUAUCUUUGGUUUGGUCUUCUUGGUGUCUCUUCUAAGAAUUACGGGGGACAAUGGAAGUCAAGUUAGAAUUUUGAUAGACCGACCGUUGGCUAAUAUACAUUUAUUUUAAUUUUUUUGUUUAUUUUUCGCUUAUCGGUACAUACAGCUGUACAUACCCACUUUAGGAUGUGUAUAUGUUUAUAGGAGUUAUUUUGUUAACAGUGUCCCCAGUUAGCAUUUUAGCUGUAUAAAUCUUUUGAUUCUCCAACGAAAUACUUGAAUACAUAUAAAAAUAAUGUAUAAGUAAGUAUGUAUUUCAUUCUGUUCUGUGUAUUUACUGUUCAGACUCUUGCAAGUGGCAUCAUGGGACUUGUUUUAAGCCAAAGCCGUAAAAGAUCUUCAAAUCUGGUAAGAUUUUCUCGAUAAGCACUUGUAAACGUCUGACAGAGGAAAAUAAUUUUUUAUAACUUAAUAUUCCCAGAGCGAAGACUUUCCAUAAGCAACGACCGCCACACCCACCCCACCCCCCUCUCCCAGGCUUGGCGGGUUGGGAGUACCGUGGGAGCAUCAAGACACCCCUCCCAUAACUGAGACUGAGCCUAACCCGUCUCCCCUCGACCACCACCACCACCACAAAACAAGGCAAGCUAACGGAUUACAAAGUGAACUCCCUCCGAACAUAUUGAUCGCUUCGUAGAGGAAGAGCAACAUUAUCGGAGGAAACUGGAACUUGCGCUGUCUUGAAACUAAAUUCAAGUAGCAGAUCGUAUGAACUUAAUUGGAGAGAGCAUUUUAUCAGGAAUACACGGGUACUGUAUUCAAGUCCCCCAGAGAAAAACAUAUAUGCAGCAUCUCCACCCGGAGUCAGCAAUUUCCAUGUACUCUUGUCAUGGCGUUCUCGCAGUUUAUUUUUAGACCGAUUUUGGCGCGAAUUUAGAAUAUUUUGCCAAGUCCCACAAACCAGUCAAAACCUACAGAACUGAAGAUGGUACUUUGACCUUUUAAUGACAUUCAGUUCUCCUUGUUCAGGCCCAUAUACUUUAAAUGCGGAGAACCGCACUUUGUCAAUGUAAAAAUAAACCGGCCCGUGAAAGCGCCUUGACCUACAAUAGGCCUAGUAUGAGAGUUGCACGCUGCAUGUUAUGGGCUCCUAGUAUGUGCCUAUUCAAAAGUGCAACUUCUCCUUCUGAUUAACAUACCUGAGUCAUCUCUUCAGUUGACUUUAUAAUUUAUUGAUUUCAAUUUCAAUUUUUCUUUAGAUCCAUGCCAUUUGGUCGGUUAGCGUGGCAUGUAUUAUCUACGCCGCUAUUACAGCGCUCAGGUAUCAGUACUGGGGUGUCGAAUUACUGAAGAUUCGUACUAUUAUCCUGAACACAGACCACUACAGCAACGAAAAAUGGUGGUUUGUAGAGAAAAAUGUGAGGCCGAAGUACACUAAGCAGGAAAAUGAAGCUUUUGCUGUAUUUGGCAUCAUCAUUGUGUUGUCUAUCAUUGAAAUUAUCCUGGCUGCUGCUUUGGCAAAAGUCAGCGAUUCAAGCCACAAUUGCAAAAGGGUUCAACAGCCCACCAUCCCAAUGUACGCUAUGUAUUAUCAGGUACGGCAAAAAUGGCAUUGUGAAGUGUAAUCAUACUACAAAACACACGUGCGAUUUUUUUUACGUCAUAAAGGAGGGGAGAGAGUCAUAGACAUUGCAGUCGUUUAAAUCUUCGUAAAAUUUCGUCUGAGCAGUGGGUCAAUUCAAUAUACCCACUGACAGUGGCCACAAUUACACUUGCCCGGCAGCGGCAAGUUGGAAGAAUUUCGAUCUGGCUUGUAUCUAACAAAAUAUUGGAAGAAAAUAUAAACUUAUAGCUGUACAGUCAGCCUCGCUUUUUUCACUGUUUGCUCACAAAAACAUUUCGCUGAAUUCAUCCAUUAGGAUCUGGCAUCUUUGUUUUGUACUUUCGCAUUUGCUAUUUAUUUACAAGAUAUUUUUUAACUGCAUACUACUUUUUCUAUAUGCUUUGCAACGGCUUUUAUUUACUAAUGGUCAGUUUUAAAUCAUUAAAAUCGCACAACGAAUAUGCAAACAGACUGAAGAAGAAUUGAAAUCGCGAAGUAACUUUCGUCGUUUCUUUUCCUUUAACAGCCAGUUGGCCAAGUCAGUGCGCUCCCGGGACAAACCAAUGCGGACAUUGAGUCACGCGUACGCCUAAUUCCUGCCCAGGACAUACCACCUCCUCAUGAUCAAAUGUCUCCUCAUUAGAAGUAAAAGACGUC